CCACUACAUCACCGACAUCAUCAGUGUCAUCACAUCGGUGUAUAUCAGCCCGGGUACGGUGUGCUGAACUUCACCGCAAGAUGGCCUCGCUCCAGUCUGCAUUCCAUCUUUCUCAUCCUCCCUGACCACUACCAUAGAUUUUAUGCGAUCAACAGCAAGAUGACACAAGGCCACCAAGUCAUGAUGCAUUCACCAUCUACAACAAGCACCCCGACAAUACGCACACGAUUCCUCAUCAUCUCAGACACACAUGGCUAUCGAUUCCUCCCCGACACAAGGCCCCUACAACCCAUCGACGUGGUCAUCCACUGCGGCGACCUGACGGAAAACUCCCAACUAUCCGAAUUCGAAACCACCCUCCAACUCCUUCGCGAUAUCGAUGCCCCCUUAAAGCUAGUAAUCCCUGGCAACCACGAAUUCACCCUCGACACCCCCACAUUCCAACAAAUGUGCCACAAAUCCCGGCGACGCUGCAACCGCGAGCUACUGCAGCAUUACUACGGCAGUCCCGGGGAAGCAAAGGCACUUUUCACCGAAGCCGCCAAGAGGCACGGCAUCACCUAUCUAGAAGAAGGGACGCACCGCUUCUCCUUACCCAACGGCGCAUCCCUGACGGUUUAUGCCAGCCCCUACACGCCAGCCUUUGGCAGCCCCGGGUUUCAGUACAAUCCCAAACUCGAAGGCCACGAUUUUGCGAUUCCUCAGGGUGUCGAUGUUGCCAUCACGCACGGUCCGCCACGGGGAGUCCUGGACCGCAGCUGGGUCACGGGCGAGAAUGUCGGGUCGGUAGAGUUGUUUGCUGCGAUUGCGCGGGCAAGACCGAGGUUGCAUUGCUUUGGGCAUAUUCAUGAGGGUUGGGGAGCGGAGGUGGUGACGUGGGGCGAUGUUCCGGUUCCGGAGGAUGCGGGCUCGCAUCAUGGAACCAGUACCAGCAAUAGUGGGGAGCAGAGCAGUACUACUACCAGCGCAACGGGGAGGAGUACUACUACUACAGAGGGGAGGAGGAGGAGUAGUACCAGCAGCAGUUGGACACUGCUGGCCGAUCUAGGGUCGCUCCUCCCGCUCAAGGGGGACACGAUGGACUUGGUUAGGGAAAAGGAGCGCAAGCUGGCCGAGUAUGCGCGUGGAAAGUGCGUCAAGACAAGUCAUUGCGCCGGGGAUGUCCUGCCGCUGAGCGAGCAGGGCGCCCGCACCCUAUUUGUCAAUGCGGCUGUGCUCGGAACGCCGAUGCGCCCCCCGUGGGUGGUGGAUAUGGAACUUCCUAGGGCGUGACAUGUUGUAAGUAGAGAGGAAAUAAAUAGGGGUAAACAGGAGACGCGAUGGAAUAAACCUUGGG